CAAAACCUCCUUUUUCUGUAUCCAAUUUCACUCCCAUCUUUUUCAUCCAUCGACUGAUCAACGUUUCAUCUCGCAUUUUUUCAUCCUCAAUCCUUCACUAUGACGCCGAUUUUCGAUACCGACGCCGGCGAGAUGUUCGUCAGAAUCGCCAUGUUCGUCUUUAUUCAGCUUCUUGUCUAUUUGAUUCUCUCCAAAUCCUCCAAUCUCUUCUCCAACGACCAGAAAGUGAGAUCUCUCAGCUUUAAACCGGCUCGUUCCGUCAGUAUUCGCCGGUUUCUGGCCGCUCUUUCUGACCUUCCUCCCGGUGGUGAGCUUUCUCCGUCGACAAAAGUUUCCACUCCAUCGUCGGCUCGUCGCGAUCGUUCCGAUGAUGGUGGCAGGUUGUAAGGAGACGAAUGGAUGGGAUCGAAUUGAAUUGGUUCCGAUUGACCUGUUCUGGGUUUAGUCUUAGUCAUGUAAAGUGAGAAAAGAGUAGGGGUGAUUUGAUUUUAUGUUAUUUGUUAAAGUUAGAAGGGUUGGUUUUGUGAAUUUUGAUUAUUUGUAUUUGUUAUUUGAAUGAUUCUUUUGUUCUUUGGUAAUGGUAAUGGAAAUUAUUUGAUCAAUUGAUCCAUUUAAAACA